AUGGUGAAGAAACCGAAGCACCUUCGUCCUCAGCCGCGUAAAUCUUCAUUGACGACGCAUGCUUUCACAUUUCUCAUACUUGCUCUCUUCUCCAUUCUCAUCCUUCUCGGUCUCGGGAUCUUUUCACUGCCCAGCACCAGCAUGAUCUCUUCAAGGCCGGACGAUUUCACCACUGUUGAACGGACUAGCGAGGAUAGGGAGAGUUAUGGAGACGAAGAAGGUAAUGGUGAGCGUUGGCUUGAAGUUAUAUCGUGGGAGCCUAGAGCUUUCCUUUACCACAAUUUCUUGACGAAUGAAGAAUGUGAGCACUUGAUUAGUCUCGCAAAGCCUAAUAUGGCGAAGUCAAAGGUGGCUGAUGUCAAAACUGGAAGGAGCAAAGACCGCAGAGUACGAACAAGUUCAGGAGCUUUUCUUAAAACUGGGCAUGACGAAAUAGUGAGAGAGAUUGAGAAUAAGAUUUCAGAUUUCACAUUCAUACCUGUAGAAAAUGGAGAGAGUCUACAAGUUUUACACUAUGAAGUUGGGCAAAAAUAUGAACCUCACCAUGACUAUUUCACAGAUGAGUUGAACGUCAAAAGAGGAGGGCAAAGAGUUGCUACUGUCCUUAUGUACCUCUCGGACGUUGAUGAAGGCGGUGAAACAGUUUUCCCUUUAGCCAAAGGAAAUAUUAGUGAUGUCCCAUGGUGGAACGAGCUCUCACAAUGUGGUAAAGAAGGACUCUCUGUUCUUCCAAAGAAGAGAGACGCUUUGCUCUUCUGGAGCAUGAGGCCUGAUGGGUCACUAGACCCUUCGAGUUUGCAUGGUGGAUGUCCAGUGAUUAAAGGAAACAAGUGGUCAUCAACUAAAUGGCUUCACGUUCACGAGUACAGGAAUUGA